CUGAGGACAACUUCAGCACUGGUUUAAGAAAAAAAAAAAAAGGAAAUCUUUGAGAAGAUGGUGGUUUCCUCACAGCCCGGGAACAGCAGCAAUGACUCUGGAUUCUGUCUGGGGGAGACUCAGCACGUGUCCAGUACUGUCCUCCUGUGCCUGGUCUUCUUCCUGGGCUUCCUCCUCAACACCUUCAGCCUCUGGGUCUUCUGCUGCCGGUUGCCCUGCUGGACCUCUGGAACCACACUGCAGUUCCACCUGGCCCUCAGUGACGCCAUUGCCACCCCAGUCACUCCCAUGAUAGCGGUGUACUUUGCUAUGGGCAACGACUGGCCAUUUGGUCUGUUCCUUUGCCAAGUCAAGAUUGCCUUGCUCAGUUCACAUUUCUACGGCAGCACCAUAUUCCUCACUCUCAUCAGCAUCCAUCGGUACACAGCUGUGGUGCACUUCAACAGAAGCUCCUGCAUGAAACGGAAGAAGUUUGUCAAGAAGCUCUGUGCAGGAGUUUGGUCUGUGCUACUGAUCCAGUCUCUGAUCUACGCUUUCAUGCUUCCUCCAAGUAAAGAGGGCAGUAACAGUCAAUGCCUCUCCAUCCAUCAGAGGAACCUGACAAACAUCUACUUUGUCAUUAACUUCAUCUUGUUCAUCUUUGGGUUUCUACUCCCUCUCCUUGUGUCGGCUGUUUGUUAUAGCCGCCUGGCGAACACCUUAUCUCGCCUCAACAUCAGCACGGCUAAAGGUCUGAAAGUCAAACUGAAAUCUCAGAGGAUGAUCGGCAUGUGUCUGGUGAUAUUUGGGCUGUGUUUCCUGCCUCUGAACGUGGUACGAACUAUAGCAGUGGUACUAAAAAAAUACUACCCACGACAAUGCAGUGUUCUUCAGCAGAUCGAGACAGCGUAUUAUGCAUCCUGGAUUUUAGCAGGAGUGAACAGCUGCCUGGAUCCACUGUUGUACUGUUUUGGUUCGCAAAAUUUUCGAGAUGCUUUCCAGUCUUUGAGGAUUAGGCAGAGAGACAGAAGUGAUUCAGAAAUAACUGCAAAUCAGUAACGUGGAGUGUUGCGCUAUAACUCUGAUAUGAGCAGCCCAGGAAAAACCAUGUUCAGAUUAAGUGACAGUGAACUCUAAAAAAAACUAUACAAACGAAUUCCUUAACUGUUCACAGUGCAUGCCUGGUGACUUAGAUUUCCCUGCAGAGCUCUGCACAGGCAUAAAACUACCAAACACACCCUGGCCUGCACCCACAUCAUGUAGAAGAAUAGUCCGACAUUUUGGCUUUCUUGUCAAAUUUUAGAUGAAAGAUCAAUACUGAUACCAGACACGUCUGUGUGGUAAAUGUGAACAGCUAACAGCGUAGCACGGCAUAAAGACUGGUGAGCCUGAUCCUGGCCUGACAAAAUCCACCCACCAGCACUUCUAAAGCUCACUUAUCAACAUGUUAUAUUUCAUUUGUCUAGUCUGUACAAAAACGGAAGAGUAUAAAACCUGUAUGGCUGUUUUGUGCAAAACUGUUUUCUCACUUUCAGCUAACCCACUGCAGAAAAUAGCUUCCUAUUUCUGCACAGAAAUGAAAUUGCCUUAUCUGACAGCUCUCUGAAAUGUGUAAUCACUUCUUUAAGACCUGAACCCAAAAUGUGUAAGUGCUUAUUAGCACCACAGUUCAACCUUGGACCCAAGGCUCUAUUUUUGCUUUAUUUCAUCCACCGCUGAUGGUUCGUUUGUGAAAUCUGCACUGGGCAUUGCCUGUCUUGGUGCACAUAACAUACAUGGAUGCAGGUAUCUGGCACAAGAAAAAGAGAGUUUUUUAAAAAAUAAAUUGCAUUUGAAAU